AUGUCCGGGGAAAUCCGGACGUAUGCUGCAGCCGCCGCGGCUUGCAGAGGGGAUCUGGUUGCAAUCAGCGGGGAGGACGAGCGGCGCACGGGCUGCCUGCUGCACACUGCGCCGGCCGCGCUGCGCCUCUGGCUGGUUGAGGUGUCCACAAGCGGACUUGAACUUGGGAGGAUGGAGAAGAAAAACAUGGAUCAUUACCUGCGCCGCCUGAAACAGGAGCUGUUAUCCAUGAAGGAGGUUGGAGACGGGCUGCAUGAACAGAUGAACUGCAUGAUGGGUGCCCUGCAAGAGUUGAAACUCCUCCAGGUACAGACAGCUUUGGAGCAGUUGGAGAUUUCAGAGACUCGAAACAAGGUUUCAGGCAUUGGCCAGCACCAGUGCUGUCGAAAUGGCAGAGAGGUGCCCAGAGCCAGCAGGCAGAAUGAGAGGUUGCUGGGAAGGAGAUCUUUGGAGGAGUGCAGCCCCAUGGCGUUUGCAUGCUCCACCCAGGUGCCACAAUCUGCCAGCCUGUUUGGCCCUGUGACUUUACCAGACAGUAGCCACCACAGACACGUGGCUUAUAGCAAAGACUGUUAUCCUACUAGCAGACCUUCUUCAGCUCUGACCACAGCAGAGUACUGCCCGCCAAGGAAAUUUGAGUCAGCCAGUUUGGGCACAACUGGGAACCAGCUUCAUAGAGACACAGCCAGCAUCCCUCAGACUUUGGCUGGGAGUAGAUUGGGAUGCAGAGAAUGCCAGGCUUCUGAUGAGGCCAACGACUGGACUUCCUCACUAAUGUCUCAGAGCAGGAACCGGCAGCCUCUGGUCUUGGGGGAUAAUAUCUUUGCAGAUUUGGUCGGGAACUGGUUGGAUCUGCCAGAGCUGGAUAAAAAGGGGGAGAAAAAUGAGACUUCCCUGUCCAUCAGCAGGUCUCAGGAGUUCUACAGGAAGUUUUCCCUCACGGCCAACAUCUUCAAAAAGUUCUUGAGGAGUGUACGGCCUGACCGAGAUAGACUCCUCAAAGAAAAACCAUGCUGGCUCCCAGCGGAAGACAGAGAGACUGAAAUUUCAAAGAGAUCCAAAAAGGUGAGCAAACAGAAGGGGACAUUUUACUUCCCCCUCCACGGGAACCUACAGAAUUCUCACAGCAAAAUGGAGAGGUGCCCAAAGGCAGAAGCUAGUAGUGACAAAUCCAAGAAUUGUGCCAAGAAGGUCCAUGGCACCACAGACCACACCCAGUCAGGCUUUGAUAUGAAUACAGCCGUAUGGGUCUAA